CGAGAGAGAGAGAGAGAGCUUCUUCGGUCGGAGGAGAGAGUGAGAGAGUGCUUUGUUCGGCCGCGUGCGGUGGCUUCGUCCAUUCCGUCGACAAAGCUUUCAUCUUUUACGGACUUUUUGUUUUUGGAUUCAUACAAAUCGCUUCUAAAUCUGGUGGAGAUUUUGGUGGUAUCUUCCUCGAUCAUCUGGCAUUGCUCUGCUCUGGUUGAGCCUGUAAUGGCGUACUAGUGGCGAGGUUUUGAGAAGAGAAAAAAUAGAACGGCCGAUUGACUUGGAGAGUUCUAAAUACUGUUAGACAGAGUGGGGGAAAUGGAAGAAACAGAAGAAGCUCGUAAUGAUGCGAUACAGAGACUUCAGUCGUCGUUUGGGACUUCAUCGUCUUCCCUUCCGAAACAACCAUUGUCGGCCAACCGAUUCGAACUUCCCCAUUUAAACACUUCUAUGGUUCGCGCUCCGCUCAGACAUUUCUCGCAGAAUUUCAGUCCUGAUAACAACAAGAGGCCUGGUAUACCUCCAUCAAUCCCGCACUUCUCUCCCGCCUCUCCUUAUGCUCAGAUCCCAGUCUCUCGGACCGCUACUCAGCAACUGGGUUCUCAGAAUUUUAGCCCAGGUCCUUCUCACUCAAGAUCUCUGUCACAACCAGCAUUUUUCUCUCUCGAUAACUUACCUCCCCUAAGCCCUUCACCUUACCGUGACUCCUCAUCACCAUCGCUAUCUGACACAGUUUCUGCUGAUGUUUCAAUGGAAGACCGAGAUGGGAGCUCCCAAGCACCCCAUCCUCCUUCACCUUUCACGAGGAGUAAUUCUGGCCGUGCCAAUGAGAGCCUUCCCCCUCGGAAAGCGCACAGACGCUCUAGCAGUGAUAUUCCGUUUGGGUUCAAUACUUUUGCCCAAUCUUCGCCUCCAUUCAUCCCGCCUAGGGGUCAGGGUGGUGUUAUGGACCGAUCAACAGUAUCAAGAGAGAACUCGGGAAUGGUUAAGCCGGCUCAGUUGGUGAAGCGGGAAUCGGACUGGGAUGGUGACAGCAAUGCAGAAGGAAUGGGGGAGAGAAAAUCGGAGGGUGAAGUCGUGGAUGACUUUUUCUCUGCUUACAUGAACUGGGACAACGUGGAUUCACUGAAUUCUUCUGGAGCUGAGGACAAACAAUGUCAGGAGAACCGUGAGGAUAUAGAUAGCAGAGCCAGUGGCACAAAAACAAAUGGGGCUGAUAGCAGCGAAAAUGAAGCGGAAAGCUGCAUGAAUGAGAGCAGCAACAGCAUGAAUCGCCCAGAACCAAGUUCCUCCACUGAGAGGAAGGAAGGGACCAAAAGGAGUGCAGGGGAAGACAUUGCUCCGACCACCCGGCACCAUAGAAGUGUUUCUAUGGAUAGCUUCAUGGGAAAGAUGCAUAGCUUCGGUGAUGAAUCGCCAAAAUUACCACCUUCCCCUGGAACCCGGGCAGUUCAACACACGCACAGCAGUUCGAUGGACGGGAACUCUACGUUCAGUUUAGAUUUUGGAAAUGGCGAGUUCAGUGGGAUCGAGCUGAAGAAGAUUAUGGCCAAUGAAAAACUUGCUGAGAUUGCAUUGACAGACCCCAAACGUGCUAAAAGGAUUUUGGCAAAUCGACAAUCGGCUGCUCGCUCCAAGGAGCGGAAAAUGCGGUACAUCUCAGAACUGGAACACAAGGUGCAAACUCUACAGACAGAAGCCACCACAUUGUCUGCACAGCUGACCCUGUUACAGAGGGAUUCUGCUGGGCUUACGAGCCAGAACAAUGAGUUGAAGUUCCGUCUUCAAGCCAUGGAACAACAGGCUCAACUCAGAGAUGCCCUGAAUGAGGCGUUGACUACUGAGGUUCAGCGCCUGAAGCUGGCUACUGCAGAAUUGGGUGGGGAGGUUCAUUCUUCUAAUUGCUUGCCUCAGCAGUUAUCUGCAAAUCACCAGAGAUUCCAAUUGCAGAAUCAGCAGCUCAACAUUUAUCAGUUGCAACAACACCACCAGCAGCAGCAGCAACAGCAGAAGCAGCACAACCAACAGCCACCACAUCAGCAAAACCAGGCACAGCCACAGACCCAGAAGCAGCAGCAGCCCACCAACUCAACAGCAAAGAAUGAAUCAAACCAAUAGGUUGAGGGGGGAGUAGAUAUCUUAAGCUACCAGCUAAAAUUGUCUGCUCUAUUAAUCUUGAGAUUCAAUCGGGCUUCUGUUCUCCAUUGAAUCAUUGGCUCUGUUAAGGUGUGCACUCGCAGGUAAUAAUGAGGAUUCUGCCAGUUCUGUUUUUUGGGGCCUAGCUCUGUUCUCUCCCAUCUCGGGGUACUAUGAAGUCUUAUAAGGCACAUAUUUAUUUAUUUAUACAUAGUAUAGCCUUUUUUUGUUCCAUAAACUUUGUAGGGUCAAAUUUAAUUUCCAUUGGAAGUGUUGUUGAUUGGUCUGAAGGUUUUGUUGAUUUUGUUUGAACACUGAGGUGAGAGGUUAUUAACUUGUCCUCUCUCUUUUGUUUUAGGGAAGAGUAUCAUACAAACUUUUUACUCUAUAUAUAUAAAUGGUUCCUUGUAUUUUUAGUUUA